AUGGGAAACUCCGGUAGCUCGCAGAAGAUCUCGGCCCAGGAUCGGGCAAUCCUCGAUCUCAAGAACCAGCGCGACAAACUCCAACAAUACCGCAAGCGCAUUACAAACCUCACCGACCGCGAAACAGAGAUCGCAAAGGAAUGCCUCGCGCGCAAUGAUCGGCGGCGGGCGCUUCUCGCACUGCGACGCAAGAAGUACCAAGAAUCAUUGCUCGACAAGACAGAUGGCCAACUUGCGCAGCUGGAGCAGUUGACAGGUCAAGUCGAAUUCGCGCUUGUGCAGAAAGAUGUCUUGUUUGGCCUGCAGCAAGGUACGCAGGUACUACAGACCAUCAACAAGGAGAUGGGUGGGAUCGAGGGCGUGGAGCGCUUAAUGGGAGAAUCGGAGGAAGCUCGCGCUUACCAAGAGGAGGUGAGCCAGAUGCUUCAGGGAAAUUUGUCGACGCAGGACGAAGAGGAUGUCGAAGAUGAGUUGGAGGCUUUGCAGCAAGAGGUGGCCGAGCCGGUUCAUCUCCCUGCUCCUCCUACCAAGGAGCCAGCCAAGCCAGAGCCUGUUGGUGAGGAGUCUACUGGUGAGACUAGGACCAAGGCCAAGGCCCGGACUGCGCUGCCUGCAUGA